UCCACCUAUGACUCCUUAUUAGAUGAUUUACUCAAGAAGAGAUACCCAUCGUCUCUGGAUAGUGGGUUAAUUACACUUGAUUUAUCGUCCUUAUACAAAAGGGAUACUUCAAGUUAUUUCAAAAGCUUGAACUUUUAUCUGGUGGACAAUUUCAGCAAGGUUUCGGCUAUCAAAGAAAACUUUGAUUCAGCUUUGACUAAUGAAAAGCUCGGGGAUGCUUUAUACCUAUACAAUUACGUUGCUUGUAAUGGAAAGGAUGAACUUUUAGCUCUCGAUUCAACUUCUGAAUUCAGUAAGGAAGUUUGCAAGUUUUUGAAGGUCUCGAAUCUUAAUAAGUCAAUUUUAAAAUUUAGUUCCACAAACGUGAUGUUAGAACAAUAUUACAGCGACUUAAGUUGUUGA